AUGGAGGUAACAUCGAACGAAUCCACAGACAGUAUUAACAUCGAAAAACUUAUAGACAAUCUUGAAAAGAAUCCAAUGGACUUCACUGAACAAAGUAUGUCACCCACUUUAGUUAAUACAGCAAAUUUCAUCAGCUCGACUGACAAAAUAAUUAACAAAAAGUUGUUGGAAUCAGAAAAACGAGAACUGAAGCUUGAAAUUCUAAAAGACGUGUGUGAAAUCAUUAACGGUAAGAAUGAAGUUCUUAUUGAUCACGUAUUGAAGGAAAUUCAAUUUCUGAGGGAGCAGUUGAGUUCUAAGGACGAAAUCCUGCGAUUGUUCUUAAAAAAUACUGAUGAAAAUUAUAUCACAAAAAAUGCACAGACGCCUUCACAGAAUAAUAUUACUGUGGCAACGGAGUCGAAAACUUUUAAAAAUGUUAAACUCACAACUUAUGAUAAUACAAAAGAAACGAUUAACCAACCUUUAAGUGUCGAUAUCUCCACACAAAAGAAAGAUAAUGACCGGCCAACUCUCGUGAAUUCAAAUGAUCAAUUAGGUGAUGCUAACAUCACAACUCGAAAAAAAAAUCAAAAAAAUGUUAACGACGUCAAAAAAAGUACACACGACGAACACAGAAACCUUGAUUUGAAUAUAACAUCAAACGAAAGAAAACAGAUUAUUGUGGUAGGUGAUUCAAUCGUAAAACAUAUUCGACCAUACGGAAUAUCAAAGUCAGACUCUGUUAGAAUUCGUUGUCAGCUUGGUGCUACAACUGAAGAUAUUGUCGAUCAUGUUAAGCCAUACUCACGAAAACUCUUCCGGAUGCAAUUAUUAUUCACCCUGGAACCAAUGAUAUUACGAACGGGAUUGGCACAGUAAAAAACCUGAAGAAUGUUAUCCGCACAAUUCGCGAAAUUGAUAGAGAUAAGAAAAUAGAAAUCCUUAUUUCUGGAAUCGUAAAUAGAUAUGAUGGCAACUAUAAUAAACAAAUUAGUGACACAAAUCAAAGAAUUGAAAGUCUAUGUCAAUCGAAAAACUUAAUAUUUAUUGAUAACAGCAAUAUGAAACAAGACUGUCUCAACCAAGGAUGAUGGUAUGCAAAGCAAAGAAGUCAAAUUAACUAAAUUAAUUGCCUUCUUCAUUGACUUUAAUUAGCGACUUUUCCCGAGAAGCUAGAAUUUUUUUUUUUUUUUUUUUUUUUACACGUCAAUGUAAAAGAAAUUGUUAAUAAUAAUAAUAAUAAUAAUAUACAAAGGUAUCCCUAACGCUCUGUAGUCGAUCGGCAAGAAUUUCGCGAGUUGCUGAUAGUGGAGCUGUUAUGGUGUUAUAAAUUUUACUGAUUGCAUUUUUGAACCAACUCAUCCUGUUUAUUAUACAUUUUUAAGCUCAAUCGACGUUCUAGCGCAGUCAUAGCUUUGAGUACUUUCCCCUACCCAAUUGCGCAAUAACUAUUUUUUUUGAUGUCAGCACUAUUCCCGUUAGCCGCUAUUGCGCAUGGUCAAGACCUUAAAAGGAAGCAAUAAAGGCCUGGUUCCGUCAGUAAAACCGUGUUUGGUUGGUGGACAGAUCUGUACACACCUUGGAGAUCCGUAAUAGCGUCACCAAGCCGUAUUUUGUUGAUGUCAGCAUUAUUCCCGCUAGUCGCUAUUGCGCAUGCGUUGGAUUUUGUUGAUGUCAGCAUAUUUUCGUGUGAUGGUUACAUGAUUUGUGGAACCGGGGAAUUCCCUUGAUAAUGCGGAUGACUCAUUUGAGGGAUGAUAUCGUGACGUCACAAAAAAUUUCCUGCGCAUUCUCGGAAAAUGCGUGUUGCGUUCAAGCGCAUUUUCGCGUUUUUAGCACGGGUGGUUCGAAGCGGAAUCUAAGAGUUAGCGCAUGCGCGGGUUUUUAACGACAUCCGUGGAGGAAUAAUGGCGGCCGGCAUCAAACUACGUAGUCAAAACAAACCAAGAGCAAGUUUAAAUCUAUUGUUAUCCUCCCAUCUAAUAUUCCAAUAGAUCUAAUUUAGCCGUAAACGAACAUGUGAUAAGUCAACGAAGAGGCUCAGCGAAACAUUUUUGUUGUAGUGGAGCUAGGUACGAGGAACAAGACUACUCAAGUAGAUGAAAGAAAAAAUCAAGAUUUUUGCUUAUUUGCGUUACGUUGCUAACGUCAAGGGGGAUGUUAAAGAAGCAAUCAUGUAUCACAUUUUGAUAGUGUUUGGCGUUUUUCACUAACGAUCCAUUGUCACGAAAUCGCUGCAGGUUUGUGUUCAAACUGUCCAAGCUACGUUUUGGAAAAGAUCCACGAAUAAAUUUUGGGAUGCAAAGUUGGUCAGUCUUUAUGCUGCACCAGAGACAACAGUGACGGCCUGUAAAAUUUAAAACACUAAGAUGCAAGUUUGAUGUCAAAAGUGGCAAGCCAUCGGGAAAUAUUUCGCAUAAGGUUCCAUGGCAAAUUCAAGGUGGCUUUCAUGGCGGCAGCAGUCUCAGCUGGAAUGGAGACAUGAUGGAUUUCUGCGAUUAUUUGUUUUCGCUGCUCCUUGUCACAUUUUUUCAUGAUCGCAGCUGUUUGUUUCACAAAUGCAUCAUUUGAAUUUCCUGAAAUCAUGUUGAUUAUAUUUUUAGCUGUUUUGCUCCGAUCAGAUAAGCUUCUUUUACUACUUUCAUUUGAUAACUUUCUUGGCAUGCUGAUCGGUGUAACCGUUAUUGGCUAAAAUAAAGAAAUGUUUUUUAUUUUUAGUCUUUGUUAGAUAUAUAAUAUAUAUAUAUAUAGUAGAAAUAUGAAUAAUUUUCAGGUAAAUGCAGAAAAAUAUGUAUAUUCUAAAUGUUUAUUUAUAUACCUGUGGUCCUUUUGUAGCAAAUUGAAUUGUUUGAUUCGGUA